CUUGCCAACAGUUUAGCUCCAGACAUAUGCCUUAGACAAACGUAUUCGCAGCUUCACUCCGCUAUAUUUACAGCAGAUUUAUUUUUGUUUAAAAUGUUUUUUUGUUAUACUUUGUACAAGAACAACAAAAAAGUGGUAGUAGACAUGUUGUAAAUUGCGGGAAACGAGAAUGAGCAUCAUUUAACAUUGAAUUAACGACGAAUCGGUGUACACAUGGUGGUCAAAAGAAACAGUUAAAUCUAUAACAAAAAAAAAAAUAAUAUCGAGAAAAUUAUGUGAAGACAAAAUUGACCGAAUGGAAAACCAAAAAUUAUAAAAAAGCAACAAAAACAGCAGAAAAUAUAAACAACAAUAAAAAAACAAAACAAACAAAAAAAAAACUCAUCAUAUAAUGUUGGCCACAGAAGUUAUUGUUCAAUUAAUUGCUCAAUUUUUUUUAAAUUUUUAUAAAUUUUCAAUAAAAGCCUGAUGUCAGUCAAUAUUUCUUGUACGUUGCGUCUCACCCUACGUUUCUAUCACUCUCUCUCGUUCUUUAAAAAAAAACCACAACAAUUCCAUUAAAUGCAACUAAGUACUAACUAUUUUGGAAAGCAUUUAGUUAGUAACAACAACUAACUGCAAUAUUCAGCCAGUAUAAAUAUAAAUAAUAAAGAAUAAUAAUAACAACAUUAAUAUUUAAUAAAUUAUUUAAAACUGCCUAUAAUUUAAAUAAUAAAACAACAAGAAACAAAAUAUAAAUUUCCCAGAGAAAUAAUAAUAAAUUCACUUGCUACUAUAAUAACUCAUUCGCGUAUAUGAUAACACCCCCAAAGCAACCAAAUCAAAUCCACCCACCAUUUAAACGUAAUAUCCGUAAUUAGCGUCACUAUUUGCCAACGUCGACGUCUACAUUGUUGCUAUUGCUGCUGUUUGUUUGUUUGUCAACGGCAUUGAACAAAAAAAAUACACAAAAUAAAUCCUAUUCAGCAGAAUCAAUAUCAAUAUAAUUGAUAUUAUUAUAAUCUAAUAAAUAAUAAUUAUCAAAUUGUAUUAUUUUAUUAACAACAAACAAUAAUAAAUAACAACAAUAAUGGCCAUUAAUAUAUUGGAUUAUGAUCAUUAUGCCAUCAGUGCCAUUGUAACGGUCAGCAUGCAAAUAUUUUUCUUUCUCAUCAAUUCAAUACUUCAAAUGGAUAAAUUAACAGAUUUUGCUGGAGGUGUUAAUUUCAUUAUAAUUUCGCUGUUGACAUUUUUCUUGGGACAAAUAGAUCGUCCAUCAAAGGCCUACGAUAGUCGUCAGUUGAUGGUCACUUUAUUUGUGUGCCUUUGGGGCGCCCGUCUAUCUGGUUACUUACUAUAUCGUAUUGUUAAACUGGGACGAGAUAAACAAUUCGAUGAUACACGUCGAAAUAUCAUUAGAUAUGCUGUAUUUUGGACAUUUCAGGCUGUUUGGGUAUAUAUCGUUUCAUUACCCGUCAUUAUUAUCAAUUCACCACGUCAUUCACAGCCAAAUGCACCCAAAACAAUGACAACACUGGAUUCAACUGGUACGGGUAUGUUUAUAGUGGGCUUGUUGGCUGAAACAUAUGCGGAUUUGCAGAAAUUUUCAUUUCGUCAGGAUCCUGCCAAUCAAGGAAAAUUUUGCAAUGACGGUCUAUGGAGCCUGUCAAGACAUCCGAAUUAUUUUGGUGAGGUGGUUAUAUGGUGGGGUAUUUUUGCAAUAUCACUUAAUGUUAUAUCUGGCCACGAAUGGGUGGCAAUUGCCUCUCCCAUAUUUACUACAUUUAUAAUAUUGUUUUUAUCGGGUAUUCCUUUAAGGGAACGUUCAGCGGAUGAAAAAUAUAAAGAUCAACUGGAAUAUCGUAAAUAUAAAGCAUCCACAUCACCACUGAUACCAGUACCACCAUCUGUUUAUGUCGAGGUACCGGCUGCUUUGAAAUUCAUUUUAUGCUGCGAAUUUCCCAUUUAUGACACAAUGAAGAUCCAAAAAGACAUUAGCCCAUAUUCACUUUCAAUUGCAAGAUCCCACUCACACAUAUAGCAGUCAAUUGCCCACUCUGGCAGUGGGCAACAAGGCUUUCAAGGCACCGUUGGCCAUUCACUACAGAAAUAUGGUGAAACGGGUUCGAUGCAUAGGGGACACUGUUAUGGCGCUAAUGGGGGAGAUGCUGAAAAUCAUAUGAACUGCGGUGGCAGUUGUCGUAAUUCAUAUGUGAAAACAGCAAAUCCUUAUCAAAAUGGUUCGGGAUAUGCGGCUAGUUACGGUCACAAUAUGAACGAACUGGGGCAGCAACCGCACCAAACACAACAGCAACACCAACAUUCACAUCAUUCUCAUCCACAUCACCAUCAUAUACAUCAUCAUCAUCAUCACCAGCAACAACAGCAGCAGCACCAACCCAUGGUACCGAAAGCUUUAGAUGUUGACGAUGAUACAGAUGAUGGCAUCAUCUAUAUGCCGGGACCAUCAUCAGCAUCCAAAAAACAGUCACACUAUUUUCCUCCCUCACAACACUCGAUCGACUUUGAGGAGCCUUCUUCGAUCAUUGAUGUCGAGGAACAAAUUGAACCUGAACUGGAGGAAGACUACGAUGAAGACAUACCGCCUAUUGACCUGAGUAAACCGCCAAGCGUGGAAAGCUUUGUAAAUAAAAUUCGAACGGAAAAGGAAGUACAAAUUAAUGCCGAAGAUUUUCUCCCCAGUGAAAUAAAAUUCGAUGUGGAAAAACUGGUCUGAAAACACAAAAUGGAUGUAAUAAUAUUGAAAGAAAUAUCAUAACGAAUAACAAACAAGAUGUGGGGAAAAUAAACUAGAAACCUAGAUAGAUGCCAUUUAAAAUGGCUUACGUUUGAGGCUAAUUGAUAUCUUUCUAAAACGAAAGAUAUAACAAUUGUUAUUUAUGCAAUGGUUGUGGUUGAGCCAAAACUAACGGAGGAAACCAAACCAACGUUUCAGUGAGGCUAUAUCUUGUUAAAAAAAAAAAA